CCGGGGUGGCACUUCCACCCAGCCGUACACGAAGGAGGAGGAGGAGAAGAUGGUCGCCAUUCUAAGGGAAAGGAAAGAGAAGAAAGAGGCCAAGAAGAAGGCCCUACAAGAGGAGCAGACGGCAAAGUUGAAAAAAAUAGAAGAAGAGAUGGCCAGGGAAAAAGAGAGGUUAUAGAAGGAAGAAGAGAAGUUGAAGGAGGUGGAAGAAGAAGAAGAAGAGGGACCGCCACUGCAGAGGAGGAGAGGGCAGCACAGUGGCAGCAAAAAUGACGAGAUGGAGGAAAAGAUUUUGGAGUGGGUCACCAACUUAUCCCUGGGCGAAGAAGAAGAGGUGACUAUGUACAUCCCCAAGGAUGUGCAGGAAGCCGCUAUGAAAAAAUGGGAGGCAGAAGAAGAUGUUAUGAAGCGGCAGGCGAUGGAAGAUGAAACGAGGAUGGAGUGGAAACUCGCAAUGAUGAAGGAGAAGAAAAGGAGAGUGGACGCGGCGAGUGCAGCAGCAGAGGAAUUAGCGGAGUUGCGGACCCUAACUAGACAAUUGACUCCGCAAGUAGAUCUCCAACGUAAAGUGGAGAUCAUUGCCCAGAGCGUCGAGCAUUUAGCCAGGGUGCAAGAACAACAAUAUGACUUCAGCCGGAGUCAAGAUAUCGCCGUGCGUUCGAUGCGGCUGGGAUUCCGGGACUUUGCUCGCGAAUUGAUAGGUGCUGUAGGGGCUGAGGUGAAUCAUCGCCUCGAGAAGACUGAGCGCUUCUGUGUCGGCGCCAUUGAAGGCGUCAAGGUGGCAACUCCCAAGGAGGAAGAAGCACGUCCUCGUAGGGAACCAGUCAAAGUCAAAUUCCCUGAUUCCUACAGUGGAAAAAGGGAAGAAAACUUUGACAAUUGGGAGGCCAAUAUCAAGACCUAUGUCCACCUGCAACAGGUCUCCCCGGACCAGCACGUGUUGAUAGCAAUCCAUGCGCUCAGAGACGAAGCCGCCAGUUUCGCGCGAUCCCUAGUCCGCGCUGCCAACUGCAAUGAUGAUGUCGUUGCCUACUCGUCAUUCACCCCCCUCGUUGACUUUAUGAAAUUGCUGCGCGAGCGGUUUGCUGAUGUCGCUCGUAGUGUCAAAGCCUCAGAUAGGCUUCAGACAAUUCACUCUCGUCAGUGGAAGAGUGUCAGGGCACUCAAAGGCACAAUGGACGAACUAGUGGCUGUUCCUGACCACGGGUUCACUGAGACCCAGUUGGUCAACCUCUUCUACCGGGCUAUGCCCGAGUCGCUGCGUGGCCACUUCUUUGCGAAGAGCCAGGACCCUGCUAUGACCUAUGAUGCACUCAUCAGGGAGGUGGCCGCGUUUUAGGCGAAGUCUGUGUCAGUUUCUACUUUCUGGCACAAAGACUUAG